AAUUUUGCUUCUAUAUGCUCCUGUUGUGACCGCGGAGCGUCUGAAGAGGUAUAUUGCCCAUAAAUUAUGCAGCGAGUUGCCAGAAGGGCCAUUCUCCAUUGUUUAUAUGCAUAGUACUGUACAGAAAGAGGAUAAUUCUCCUGGGAUAACUAUCCUGAGGUGGAUUUAUGAAGACCUUCCAUCUGAUUUCAAGGACAGGCUUCAAGUUGUAUACUUCAUCCACCCAGGGCUCCGCUCGAGGCUUGUAUUUGCCACUCUCGGUCGAUUCUUCUUAAGUGGAGGUCUGUAUUGGAAGAUCAAGUAUGUAAACCGCUUGCAGUAUCUUUGGGAUGAUAUAAAGAAGGAUGAUAUCGAGAUUCCUGAUUUUGUGAAAUCUCAUGAUGAUAUUCUUGAGCACAGACCACUAACGGAUUACGGUAUCGAACCAGACCCUUUCCACUUGUCCGAGGCUCCAUCGACAGCUUACUCAUUUGGGAGGUAUGAAGAUAGAUGGGCAUCAAGGGAAUACAUUUCCUAAUCUGGCUUGUGUUUGAUCCAAAGUAGUUGGAUCAUAAGGUUUUACACUUCUACUAAGGUAUGGUUUUGAUGGAUAUGACGCAGGCAUUGUAUGUAAUUAUCCUGGUUUUGUGUUAUGUACCUCUUUCUCGUAUACUAAAUUAUUAGUUUCAAGAGGUUGACUGCCAAAUAGCAUUGCUUCGUGUGGCUUGUAGAUUAAAACCUAUAAUGUUUGGGGAAUCUUCUUUCAUUUUUUUUUUUUUUUGAUCCCCUAUUGUUGAACCGGGCAUGUUGGGUUGUGGAAAUAAGGAUUUAUGUGCAGUCUUUUCGUACUA